CUCUCAAUUUGCCCCUUCUGCCUGGACGGACGGUGCUUCCCAGCUCGGCUGAUUGAUUUCCUGAACGCCACGCCUGGGGUCCUUCCCACCCAGGACCCCAGCUACGAGUCCAACAGCAUCGAGCCUGAUUGAAUUGACCUGUCCAUUUGAUUUCGUAGCCUUCUCUUUUCCUUGCCCCCUGCCUCUGUCCCAUCUUACUUACUUGCUUUGGUGCAGUGGCUGCAUACUCUUGCCAUUGCCGGCCUCUGCUUGCCAGUGGGCAGGCCAAUGUCGCCAGUGCCUGUCCUGCCUUGGCGUCGGUAGUUGACAAAUCAAAGGGCGAGAGAGCAUCAUGAGCUCGGCCUCGAACAGCUUGGGCAAGUCCCUCUCCGCUCCGACAGCCAACGCCCACCCGCCGGCUGCCGCGGCCCCGUCCACUGCUGCACCGAGCUUCGACUCGAGCCGUCGCCCGCUCCAGGGCCCCUCGUCCCAGCCGGCGCCGCGAAAGUCACAGGGCUCGCGCAGACAGCACCGAAACCAGCGCCGCCCCUUCAAGUCCGAGGCUCCCGACCUGGAUGAUGACGCCAUGGCAGAACUCAGUGCCGUCCGGAACCCGACUAACCGCCGCGGCCAGACCUCAAUAACCCACCUGCUCAACUACUCGUCACUGCACCGCCCAUAUGCCGAAACCCACGGCCAUGGCUACGGCUCCUCCUCGCGCGGCGCGUACCGCCGGAACCCGACAUGGGGCAUCGGCUCGGGCCACCACGCCGCUGACAAGGCCCGCUAUGUCCACGCCAACUACCGCUUCGUCGUGUCGCCGAGGGGCGACUACCGCAAGCAGGCCGCCGAUGCCGACGAGCACCUCGACUGGGCCGAUGUGCUGCAGGUCCUCGCCUCGUCCCAGUCCCAGGCCGGCACCUGCCCCAUCUGCCUCUCGGAGCCCGUCGCCCCACGCAUGGCAAAGUGCGGCCACAUUUUCUGCCUGCCCUGCCUGAUCCGCUUCAUGCACUCGUCCUCGGACGACGAGGACCGCCCGCGCGGCGGCGGCCCGGGCAUGGACAGGCGGCAGCGCUGGAAGAAGUGCCCCAUCUGCGAGGACAGCAUCUACAUAUCCGAGGUCCGCCCCGUCAGGUUUUACGCGGGCCAGGAGAGCCCCAUGCCCCGGCCAGGCGACGACGUCGUGCUCCGGCUCAUGGUGCGCAAGGCCAGGUCGACGCUGGCCCUGCCCAAGGAGACGGGCGUCGACAUCCUCAAUGUCGGCCAGGACGUGCCGUGGCACUUUGCCGCAAACAUCCUCGAUUACGCCCGCAUCAUCAAGGGCACGGGCGACUACAUGAUGGAGCAGCACGGCGAGGAGAUCCAGGCCAUCAAGCUGCAGGAGAAGGAGGACGAGCUGAUGUUCCACGAGGACAACGAGUGGACCCAGCGCGCCAUCAAAUCUAUCCUGGCAGCCAAGCAGAAGCUGCAGGAGCUUGAAGGACUGGGUGUCUCUCUGCCGCCGACGGGCAAUGGUAAGACCGAACCACAGGCGGAAGGGCCCGAGCCGGAAUUUUACUUCUACACAUGCCAGCCGCACUUAUACCUCUCACCCUUGGACAUACGGAUACUUAAGACGCAGUACGGCGACUUCUCGUCGUUCCCGUCGGCGCUGCUGCCGAGGGUCGAGCACAUAGUUUCGACGUCGGUCGACGACCUGACGAGGAAACGGGCGAAAUACCUGUACCACCUCCCCUACGGAUGCGAGAUAUCGUUCCUGGAAUGUGACUGGACCGAUAUUGUGCCGGCCGAGAUCCUGGUCCUUUUCGCCGACGAGAUCGAGCGGCGGCGCAAGCGGAAUCGUGACAAGGAGGCACAGGAGGAACGCGAGCGCCAGCAAGCGGAGCGGCUCGAGGCGGCGGCCAUGCGCGGGGCGCGCCGCACCGUCAUGAUGCCGGCGACCGAGGAGGAGGUUCGGAUUCGGUUCGGCGGCGGCGAUAGGGCAGUCAACCCCGACGACUUCAUCCCGCUGGGCGGCACCACACCGCCGAACCCGCGCAAUGGAUUUUCGGAGCUGGCUGGCAUGUCGACAAGCCCAUCGGCGCCCAGGACGGUCUGGGGCACGCCCGCCGCGGUGCCCCCGACGGCGGACGCGGCAGCUGAGGUGGUCGCGAGGAGGCAGGUCAUGACGAACGUAGACGAUGGGUGGCUCAAGGACGACGCCUUCUUGGAGAGUCUUAGCGCAGCCGACAUCGCUGCGCAGAUGGAGGCUCUGGGCGUUGAGGACGCUGGUGUGGGUGGCUCGACGCCGCUAGUGGCUUCAAAUGGCGGCGGGGGCAACGCAGGGAGCGGUGGUGGCAAGAAGAAAAAGAAGCAGAAGAUCACGCUCAUGAGCACUGGUGGCAGGAGGGGCAACUAGUUGAUACCUUCCUUCAGAGACGAUAGGAGCCGCGACUUUGUGAAGUCCUAAACGAUCCGUACUGCCGUCGCAACCUGCGGAGAGCAGCCAUUGGUAGUGAACCGCCGGCGGCCAGGCCAGGCUGUCUCUGGCUGCUUCAGAGGCUGGACGGAGUGGGAAAGAAAGCCAAAUGCGUCAGCGGGGUGGGUUGGAAUACACCUACGCUCGUUGGUCGUUGCUGUGGCGGCACUUUCGCGGUCUUAGUCGGUACGACUUCUCCUAUUGCUGAUAUCACAGACGCUUCAUCCUCGGCUCCUCCCUAUUCCAAGAUGAAGAAUAUGCCUUGGUUGCCCUGCUAUUUCAAUGGAUAUCUAUUAAGCAUUUUAUUUCUGGUUCUCGCCUCACUGCCUGUGUUUUUCGAUGUAUAUACACUAUUGUACUCGUGUCUAGGCGCACUCGUGCUCAGUGUGCAGAUUCCUUUUCCCCCAAGCAAUGCUAACCACCCUCGACGACUUCCCAAGAGACA